ACUUAAAAAAAAAAAAUACACUCAGGCUAUCGUUUUGCGAACAGUACUUGCAAGACGGAUACCAAAGAUAGUACAUGUUUCUUUUCUGUCGAUGCUGUCAAAAUUGUAAACUGUUAAAUAUGCUGAACACAAAUAAAUAAACAAAAACACUACCGGUAGUGCGCUGUGGGCCGGAAUUGUGACCAAGUUUCGGCUUGCAUUUGUGAAACAUAUGUUACAUGUGGAACGAAAUAACGUGAAGGGAUUCAUUCACACUGGAAAUGGAGACUGCCCCUGAACAACAUACUAGUUCUGCCUGUGAUGGGGUUACCGUCAAACAGGAGCCAGUGGAGUCUGAACCACUCGUGCCUGCUAACCGAGAGAUUGAGUUCAUAUCUGUUAAAGAAGAACCUCCAGUGGAGGCUGAACCACACACAUUUCCUAAGCAAGAGAUAGAGUACAUAUCUGUUAAACAAGAACCUCCGUCUUUACCAGAGUGGGAGGAGCCCGAAGGCCUUGAAAGCGCACAGGACCCGCUAAGUGGCACUGCAGAGGAAUGUUCACCUUCAGAAGAUUUUUCUGGACCUAGCACAUACAAUAUUGAUAAAACGGAGAAUGAGGAAGAUGAAGAGGAGGCAGAGUGUGGAGACGACGAGCCGGAUCUCAAAGAAGAAUCAGAGUCAAUAAACAGUGGGAGUGAACCAGAAAGUAAUAACUUCACUGACAUCAGGGACGACAAUGGUUCUGGUGAUAGACAUGGUUUGCGUACUAAAGUUUGCUUGGCUUCUGGAACAGGCAACAGGAUACAAAGCACCACCAUGCAGGAAGCACCCUGUGUGAAUAAAACUAGUGCAAUGCUUCUGCUGUACAGGUACAGUUGUUAUGUCUGCAAAAAGGUAUUUGCACGUCUGCAGGAUCUGAAGGAUCACACUCACAUGAGACGUGAUUUUUUGCAUUUCAGCAAUGUGUGUCACAAAACACUCACUUCCAGUUCUCAUGUGAAGAUGUCCUUGCGUGUGCACUGUGGAGAACGCCCCUACAGCUGUGGCGUUUGCAACAAGUCAUUUACACGGGAUAGUAGCCUGAAGUUACAUUCAAAGAUCCACUCUGAUGAACGCCCCUACCGCUGUGGCGUUUGUGACAAGUCAUUCUCAUUUCACAGUUACUUGAUCCACCGCUCUAUGCUACACACUGGUGAACGCCCCUACACCUGUGGCGUGUGCCACAAGAGCUUCAAGCUAAGUUGUCAUCUGAAGCGACACUCACAGGUGCACACUGGUGAACGCCCUUACCGCUGUGGCGUGUGCAAUAAGACAUUCACCCAGAAUAGUAGUCUGAAGAUACAUUCAAACCUCCACACAGGUGAACGCCCUUACCACUGUAGCGUAUGCAACAAGUCAUUUGCAUUUAAGAGUAACUUAAUGCAGCAUUAUCAGCUGCACUCUGGUGAACGCCCAUACACCUGUGGCUUUUGCAACAAGAGUUUCAAGCUAAAUGGUCAUCUGAAGCGACACUCACAGCUGCACACUGGUGCACGCCCCUACCGCUGUGGUGUGUGCAACAAGACAUUUAGGCUAAAUUAUCAUCUGAAGCAACAUUCGAAGGUCCACCCUGGUAAACGCCUCUAAAGCUGUGUAGUAUGCAACAAGACAUUCACACAAAAUGGUAGUCCAAAGCAGUACUGAAGGCUAGACAGUGGUGAACAGCCCUAAACUUGUGAUUUGGGUGGAAAGUCAUUUAGGCACCAGGCUGAACAAAUACAACAUUCACGACUCUACAUCGGUGAACAGCUGUAAAUAUUUAAUGUCUAUGAGUGUAAAAACAUUUAUGCAGAGGAGGAACGUCAGGGAGAACUUGUGGCUGCAUUCUGGAACAGACUAUAGAAAUGCAGCAUUUUGUGAAAAGAAAUACAAACUUAACAGCAGCUUGACGAAACAUCUACUUCUUCAUGAUAGGCAAUCACUAUAUAGUUAUGGUGUGUGAAUAAAGGGAAUUACAAGCAGUUGCAGACUUGAGAAGCACUCACCUCUUCACACAGGAAAGGUCUCAAACUAUACCUGCAGGUGCAUACUAGUGAAUACUAGUGUUACUAUAACUAGUCUCAUAUGAGGUUCAAGAGCAGCAACUCUCAUGCAUGUCUCGAUUGUUAUGACUAUGUUGUAAAAGUUACGUCUGACUGCAGAGCUGCCUUAGGAGUCAGCCUUAGACGUGCUUAGUAUCAGAACAGCAACACCAGUGUAAUCAUAAUAAUUAUAGGACUCACAUCUAUUAAAUGUGUCGUGAGUAUUGUUACAGUGCUACAAUAAUUUGCUGGAACGAUAAAAAGCUUAUAAUAAUGCCAACUUCAACUGUAAUCAACAUAUAACUCAAAUGUAAGUAAUUUCCUUCGAGCAGAAUGAUGUCAGGUGGCAUGAUUAUGUAGAGUUCUACCAUUUCUAUCCAGCUGUCCAACGUUAUGGCAUGGAUACUGUCUACCAAGAAAAGAAUGCCAACGUGCCUUUGUAUGUUACAGAAAUUCUACAAUUGCAUUAUUGUGGUUAUUACGAGACACAAAAAUAUAGCAAAGUGAUAUGUAGUGAAAUGUGAGAUUCUUGAAGUUUGAGUGUGCUGAGUUCCAUCAGCCUUGCUAUUAAUGUACAUAAUGAAUUCAAAACACUCUGCUACUGUGGAGUUUACUGUUCGAGUGCCAUGUUAGUAUUUAAGUAUUAUCGUUAUGAUAUUAUCAAUAGUUGUUUAAGCAUACUCCGUCACUGUUGUGGGUUUAUCUAUUUUAUUAGUGUAUCUUGUAAGUAUGCACCAGGUGCAAUAGAAUCAUGGUGUGUCUGCCUUACACAUUUUUAAUUAAAUGCCUAACAGUUAUUAGAUAAAAUAUUGGUUUCCAUAGUUAUUACCAUUCUAUAAUUUAGUCUGAAGUGGUCACCUAUGAUUAAAUGUAUCACGCUACAAAAAGGGAAACUAGUAAUUGCGAAGUACACAACAUAAAAAAAUCAGAUUGUUACUUACUUUGGACUGUAGAGCUUGAGGCAUUAUAUCUGUCUUUAUCAUUCAAUCUUGUGCGAAAUAUCAACUAAAUUUAUGAUGGUAUUUUUCUGACCAUCGUUUGCCAGUCAAGUGCUUUUGCUAGGCAUUCACAAGACCUACUUACGAAAUCUUAGUGCAAUAUCUGUUCCAUGGUGCAUCGAUCUGUUAAAAUUUUUAUCCACUACUCCAUGACAGAGAUGGCGUCAUUUAUGGUAGUUUAAGAAAGUUUUCUUAUUUGGAUCCGUGACUUCUAAUAACUAGGGCAUUCAUGAAAACAAGUGUUUUAACAUGUCCCUGCACAUCAAUGAGCUUCAACAAUAACAAAUCUGAAUAUAAAUUCAUAUUUUAUUUUAUUCAUGUUGGAGCUUGUGAACUCCAUGACUAUUAAUGAUAGUUACUGAAUAACUCAACCAGCCACAUAUACACUCCUGGAAAUUGAAAUAAGAACACCGUGAAUUCAUUGUCCCAGGAAGGGGAAACUUUAUUGACACAUUCCUGGGGUCAGAUACAUCACAUGAUCACACUGACAGAACCACAGGCACAUAGACACAGGCAACAGAGCAUGCACAAUGUCGGCACUAGUACAGUGUAUAUCCACCUUUCGCAGCAAUGCAGGCUGCUAUUCUCCCAUGGAGACGAUCAUAGAGAUGCUGGGUGUAGUCCUGUGGAAUGGCUUGCCAUGCCAUUUCCACCUGGCGCCUCAGUUGGACCAGCGUUCGUGCUGGACAUGCAGACCGCGUGAGACGACGCUUCAUCCAGUCCCAAACAUGCUCAGUGGGGGACAGGUCCGGAGAUCUUGCUGGCCAGGGUAGUUGACUUACACCUUCUAGAGCAUGUUGGGUGGCACGGGAUACAUGCGGACGUGCAUUGUCCUGUUGGAACAGCAAGUUCCCUUGCCGGUCUAGGAAUGGUAGAACGAUGGGUUCGAUGACGGUUUGGAUGUACCGUGUACUAUUCAGUGUCCCCUCGACGAUCACCAGAGGUGUACGGCCAGUGUAGGAGAUCGCUCCCCACACCAUGAUGCUGGGUGUUAGCCAUGUGUGCCUCGGUCGUAUGCAGUCCUGAUUGUGGUGCUCACCUGCACGGCGCCAAACACGCAUAUGACCAUCAUUGGCACCAAGGCAGAAGCGACUCUCAUCGCUGAAGACGACACGACUCCAUUCGUCCCUACAUUCAUGCCUGUCGCGACACCACUGGAGGCGGUCUGCACGAUGAAGGGGCGUGAGCGGAAGACGGCCUAAGGGUGUGUGGGACUGUAGCCCAGCUUCAUGGAGACGGUUGCGAAUGGUCCUCGCCGAUACCCCAGGAGCAACAGUGUCCCUAAUUUGCUGGGAAGUGGCGGUGUGGUCGCCUACGGCACUGCGUAGGAUCCUACGGUCUUGGCGUGCAUCCGUGUGUCGCUGCAGUCCGGUCCCAGGUCGACGGGCACGUGCACCUUCCGCCGACCACUGGCGACAACAUCGAUGUACUGUGGAGAACUCACGCCCCACGUGUUGAGCAAUUCGGCGGUACGUCCACCCGGCCUCCCGCAUGCCCACUAUACGCCCUCACUCAAAGUCCGUCAACUGCACAUACGGUUCACGUCCACGCUGUCGCGGCAUGCUACAUUUGUUAAAGACUGCGAUGGAGCUCUGUAUGCCAUGGCAAACUGGUUGACACUGACGGCGGCGGUGCACAAAUGCUGCGCAGCUAGCGCCAUUCGACGGCCAACACCGCGGUUCCUGGUGUGUCCGCUGUGCCGUGCGUGUGAUCAUUGCUUGUACAGCCCUCUCGCAGUGUCCGGAGCAAGUAUGGUGGGUCUGACACACCGGUGUCAAUGUGUUCUUUUUUCCUUUUCCAGGAGUGUACUUCUAAAUAGGUUUUAUUUUAGUGCCACAACUGGUUUCAUGGUAAUAUUUUCAGUAUGUACUGAUUAACAGCCUGUCAUCUGCUCCUUCACUGCACAAGAAUAUUUAAUAUUUAGUGCCACUUUAUGAAUUGUUUCAUUAGUAAAAAUACUCGAAAGUGCUUGCGUUUAUUUAGUUAUAAUGUGAAAUAUUUAUAAUCACUUAGAUAAGUUUCAGUAUAUGGCGUUUUUUAUUGUUGUGGUCCAUUUGGUUUUUCAUGUCGAUGUAUAUAUGUGUUGAAUUGCAAACAACACAUAUAUUGUAAUUAAAUCACUGUAGCAUAUUACGUAAUAUUCUUAAUGUCAGUGUUGAAUGUCACACCCUGGAAAUAUCUGAAGCCAUCUGAAGAUGGGUGUGAUACCCUGAAAAUGGUUCUGUCUCUAAAAUAAAACAUUUUAGGAAUAUAUCUAGCUGUUUGUGGAAUUAACUAACUGUAAAUUCAUGUAAUUCGUAUGUCAUGCAAUAGAUUACUGUUGUCUGUAAUAGUGUUUUCCUGGAAUUUCACUUUAAAAUAACAUCACUAUGGAUGUACUC